AACGUCGUCUCCUCGCUGUCGAUAUCCCACCAGUACCUGACCCAGAGGAGCGAAGUUAGCGACACCAACAAUACGUGGACAACUCUCAAGAGCUUCGCCUGGCCCCCAUGGUCCAACCGCACAAAGUUUGCGCUCGCGAUGGAUGGGGGUAUGUCGACGACGGAUUCAGAACCUCAGAGGAGGCCUCCUCCCCGUCCCAAACCAGUCAACCGGCCGCUCGACGCCAUACACCGUCUGAUGUGCAGCCCCGCGCUGUAUGACCCCGUUCGCGCUCCACGUCAUCCCAUCGCACUUUGCCAUGGUCUCUACGGUUUCGACGUACGCGGUCCCUCGUCGUUCCCCAUCCUACGUCAAGAAUACUGGUCUAACGUGCUCAACGUCCUCCGCCAGAGGAUUGGCGCCGAGGUCAUCGUGACUGCUGUUCCUGCUACGGGCUCGGUCACAUCGCGCGCCAAAACCCUGCACGAUCUGUUGAAAGAACGUGCCCCAGGUCGAUCUAUCAAUUUCAUGGCGCACUCUAUGGGUGGUCUAGAUUGCAGGCACUUAAUAUCCCAUAUCAAGCCCACUGAAUAUACCCCCGUCUCUCUCACUACUGUCGCCACCCCUCAUAGAGGUAGUCCGUUCAUGGACUGGUGUACGGAUAAUAUCGGUAUUGGAAAGCUGCGCCAGAAGGAGCGAGAACUCAAUGCUCUAAGGAAUGGUAUGCUUGGGUACCCUGAGUUGACACCCGAGAAAGACAACGAAGGCUCAUCCAAGUCAACUAUCUCGCUCGCUUCGCUCCCCUCAUCCUUCACUACCCUUCUGCUCUCCUUACUCGACUCCCCGGCGUACGCUAACCUCAGCACGACCUAUCUCCGCGAAGUCUUCAACCCACACACACCCGACGACCCGAAGGUACGCUACUUCAGCGUGGCCGGACGACUCAGCUCCAUGAACAUCUGGCACCCACUCUGGCUGCCGAAGAUGGUCCUCGACGGCUACGAGGAGCGCGAACGCGAGCGCCUUGGAGGGCAGUGGGGCAACGACGGCCUCGUCACCGUGCAGAGCGCGAAGUGGGGCGAGUUCCUCGGCAUCCUCGAGGAGGUCGACCACUGGGAGCUGCGUGGCGCUCGCGGAUUCGAGCUCGGCGUCGACUUGCCGUGGGGCUCGAAGGGGAGCGAAUACAGUGGCGUCGGCGACGAACGCGAAGGCUGGGGCCUUGGCGAUUGGGGACGCCUUGUCCGUGCGUGGAAGAAGGAGGAGAAAAAAGCGCGGGAUGCGGGUGCUGCCGUCAGCGAGCGCGAGGAGAGUGGCCGGGCUCGCGGCACCGACGAGGGCCGUGCGAAGGCUCUUAAUCAGUCUGCGAAAGAGAAGGAGCAGGGUUUCGUUGACGAGGUCGUCAAGGCGUCAACUGAGAAGGUUUCUGCGAUCUUCGACUGGAUAGUCGAGCAAGUCCCGUCACGGAACUCUGGCCACGCUCCGCAGCCACAGAGCCUUUCCGCUGCGCUGGAAGCGAAGGAGGCGGAGGAGGCGAAGGCGCAGAAAGCAUCAGCAAAGAGCGAUCUUGCUACCAAAGCGGACUUGGAACGUUUCUAUGUCGCUCUGUGUAGAAAGCUAUAUGAUGAAGGUUUGUAAACC